CACCUCUACCACUACACCACAGUCAACAGACUAGAUACAUUGAUUGAGAUAAAGAGAGCCAACUGUUGGUAAUAAUUGCGUAUACAGCUUCUUUCAAUUCUCCCAAAUUUACACCACCAAAUUAAGAUAGAAGAUUCUUCUUUCAGAAUCAAGUUCCCGUUAAUACACAUUUCUCUUUUCUCAGCCAACCAUAAAACUCAUCAAAAGACCUAACUCUUCAUUCUUCUCAAAGAGAUGGGAUUCAUUCAAAGAAAACUAUGCAUUUUAUUGCAUUGAGAACUGAGAAUAAAGUCUGAGCUUGGCCAAAAUCAUGCCUUCCAAGAUGGAGUUGGUUUUUGAACUCCUGGUAUUGGCAUGUUUGUGUUCUUUUGUGGCACCUAACCCUCAAGGGGAUGCCCUCAUUGCAUUGAAGGAUGCGCUGAAUGCUUCAACUGAUCAGCUUAAAAAUUGGAAUCAAAAUCAAGUGAAUCCAUGCACUUGGACCAAAGUUACCUGUGACUCCAACUAUAAUGUCACUCUUGUAUCAUUGUCCUCCAUGGGGUUUUCUGGAUCCUUGUCCCCUAAAAUAGGAGCUCUGAAUACCCUUCAAACACUUUCACUGCAAGGAAUUGGUAUAACUGGUGAGAUACCAAAAGAUUUCAGAAAUUUAACAAGCUUGACUAUGUUGGAUCUGGAUAAUAAUCAUUUAACUGGUUCUCUUGGCAAUCUCAAGAAUCUUCAAUUCUUGUAUGUGAUACUUUCUGCAUUAAAUUCAAGGUUUUAAAAAGCGGCCGCAACCGUUACGUAACGCCGUUACGUAACGGUUUUGGCGGUUACCGCCACCCGUUACGGCCGCUUUU